UUCGCCCUAACCUUUUGUUUUACUGUGCAACACUUGUACCUCAUCAAACCUUUUGGUUUUCUUAGCUACUUUCUGAGUUUUGGAGGCGAUUUGGAGGCUUUGACGCUUGUUCAGAAAUUCUGGACAACUUCUUGUUGGAAGAGAUCUUUCAUCUUCUUUCUCCGUUAUAUUGCUAGAUCUUCACUUUGGAUAGAUGCCAUGAUAGGGUUUUAUCUUGAAAGAUCUUUCGAUUCAACAAGGUGAAGUGUUUGUUAAAAAGCCAACGGAGAGAGGGCCGGCUCUGAGGGUUGUCUGUCUCCAACAUGUUUCGGAACAGUUACCUGAUACUAGAUGUAAUACAGAAAAUUCUUGUGCUCGGUUGUAUUGGGGCAGCAGAAAAAACAAGCAUCUUGUCCGGAAACCCGGUGUAUGCUAAAAAUUGGUCUCGACAUCCAGACGUCAAGUUUGACAGCAACUUCUGGGAGGAGCACUGGACAUGGAAUCCACUAGAGGCAGUGGCGCACUGGACAAGGAAUCCACUAGAGACAGAGGCAGCGGCAGAGGCAGCGGCAAAGGCAGCAGCAGCGUCAGCGGUAGCGGCAGUGGUAGCGGCAGCGUCAGCGGCAGCGGCAGAGAUAGUUUCCGGAGUUCUACGUGAUCACAGGGGCCCCAUUCGAAAGCUUAUUCUGUGCAGUCCACAACUUGUGAAAGUCGUUCAGGUCAUAUUUUCCGAUGUACCUAAAAAAGCGGAAGUCGUUUCGGUCAUACCAUAUGACUGGGCCCAACAUAUGAAUAAGGGGUUGUAUUCCCUGUCCUGGAAUGAUAUCGAGGAAAUCAUCUUGCAUAAUUACAAUGAUGAGACAUACAAGAUCAGUUUUCUAAACUUGUUUGGAAAUUUAACACGAUUGGAUCUCCGUAAUUGUAUAUUCAACCAACCAUUUGGAGGCUUUGGGAAUCUUCAUUGCAUUCGUCUUGACAACAUAAAAUUUGGCUUGGUCAGGGAGGGUACUACUGUUAUCUACAAUUUCCCAAAUCUUACCUUUUUCGAGGCUGUAGACUGCUCUGGCUUUAGAUAUUUGAAAAUCCAGGCUCCAAACCUUGAGAGGUGUAAUGUUUGUGCCACCAACGGUGAUGGAAUUAUGUAUGAUUCGGUUCAAAUAUUUGUUGUUGUGGUCUGUGUGUUCUCUUGUUGUUGAUACUGGAGACACUUUGCCUUCUUGUAAGUGAUAGUACACAUAUUUUAGACAGUGAAUGCAAGAUUUGUGUCCCUUAGAGGCCAACUAAAUACAAUUUGCUUAUCAUUAUAAAAAAUAAAUAAAUAAAGGUCAUCAUCA